GGCCGUCGUAUAUGCUUUAUUACCUGCACCUGCGCCCUUCCGAGGAGCUCCCCACACUUUACUUCUCUUCUUCUGGAAACCCCUCUCGAACCGCACGAAUGGGGCGGCGGCGGCGAUUCGCGCAGCUCGCCUCGACCAGCGACGACGACGACGACAACGACGUCGUCCCCGCCGCCGACGCUCCCAAAGCGAAGCCCACGCUUCCCUCCUCCACCUCGGGCCCCAGGAAGCAACAGCGCCGCCUCGCUCCCGCCGCCGACGAGGAUGAUGACGAUGACGUGGACGACGUGGAGCUUGAGGAGGAGGAGGAGGACGAGAAGGAUCUGGAGGAGAUGCGGAAGAACGAGGAGGAGGAACGGAGGGAGGAGACGCAGACCCGCCGCCGCCGGGGCCACAAGCCCAAGCGCCCUGCCGAGGAGAGCGAGGAGGAAGAGGAGGCGAAGGCGGAGGAGGCCCGCGAGGAGGAGAACACCGAGGCGGUUCCCAUCGGGGAACCCGUGAAGAUCACCGGGAGGGGGAAGAAGCAGCGCAAGCAUUACACCUCCUUCGAGUACGAGGGCAACACCUUCGAGCUCGAGGACCCGGUGCUGCUUACGCCCGAGGAUAGCAAGGAGAAACCCUAUGUUGCCAUCCUUAAGGAUAUAACAGAAACCGAGGGAAGCUUAUCAGUAACUGGCCAGUGGUUUUAUAGACCAGAAGAGGCUGAUAAAAAGGGUGGGGGUAGCUGGAAAGCAAGUGACACGAGGGAGCUAUUUUACAGUUUUCAUUUUGAUGAUGUACCAGCAGAGUCAGUUAUGCACAAGUGUGUAGUCCAUUUCAUUCCUCAACACAAGAAGAUUCCCAGUCGGAAGGAACACCCUGGAUUCAUCGUCCAAAAGGUCUACGACACGGUUGCGAAGAAACUCUGGAACCUAACAGACAAAGACUAUGAGGAUAACAAGCAACAUGAGAUUGAUCUUCUUGUUAAGAAAACAAUAGACCGUAUCGGGCAGCUUUCUGAUCUUGAACCUGCAGAUGCACCUGUAGACAACAAUGAUCAGCUCUUGAACAAGCGAGGCCUACGGAAGAGACCUAUGCUCCCUAUAGAUGUUUCAAGGGAUGAUGCUUUAGCAGGCAAAUCUGAGCAGUUUGGAAAAGCAGAGACACCUGGAAGUGAUAAGCUAAAGAAUUAUUCCACUCUUGUCAAAUAUAAAGCUGUUACUGGUGAUCAAUAUCGUGAUAGGUGGCUUGAUAAAUUAGUGGAUACUAUUCCACUAAUAUCAAAGGAAAGUGCUGGGGCUUCUCAUGCUGAUCCUGGUGGUGCCACCAAAAGUUCGACUAAUGGUUCAUCUGCAAAGGAAGACAAUGAAAAAUCGUAUGCACCUGAUGUGGUUAUUUCAAUAAUGGCCUCCUUAGAAAGAUCUACUUAUGAAGCUCUUGGUUCCGACUUCCAGAAGUAUAACCAGAAAUUGAGACAACUGCUGUUCAACAUCAAGAAUAGCCCUGUACUACGGAAGAGACUGAUGAACAAGGAGCUUGAUCCUCCAGUCUUGUUAACAAUGUCUCCGGAUGAACUAAAGGUUGGCUUGACUGCAGCAGAGAAGACAUCUGAACCUGAAGAAUCAAGGAAGUUACAGAUGACUGAUGCACGAUGUGUAAGAUGUGCAGAAAAGGAAGUAGGUGUAUCUGAUAUUAUUCAUGCUGGUCAUGGAGAUCGCUAUCAGCUGGAAUGCAACGCCUGCGGGCACUCGUGGUUUUCGUCGAGAGACGCCAUCACAACGCUGACGGUGGAUACCCUAAGCAGUGGUGGGAACGUGGGCACCGCGCCAUGGGCAACGGCCAAGUUCGACGUCCUCGAGAAGCAGCUGGCGAGCCCACGGGACCAGCCGGACAAGCCAGCGGCCGACGCCCUCCAGAAGAGCACGGCGGCGUACAUGCCGACGCUGGAGAAGCAGAAGUCCUUCGGCCGGCAGAAGCCGGACGAACCCUCGUCGGCGCCAUCAACUAGCCACGAGUAGAUUAGAUCAUACGCAACCACGCCAGCCACGCCCCGUCAGCACGAGCAGCCUUUGCCACGAUUAGAUCACACGCACCACGGUACACGCAACGCAUCGCCAGCGUUGGUCAUUAGGAAAGUUUUAGAGAUUAUCUGUACAGCGUUAACAUGUUACACGUUGAGCCGAGCACUCAUGCUGCUACUGGUGAGAAACAGAGCAGACAGAGCUUCACGUUGGCAUCCUCACGGGCACAGCUAAUCAUGUGUUUUAAGUUGCAUCACUUCCAACGGUUGGAAGUAACCUUGCUCCUGUGCAUCGUGAAGGUGUCGAGGGAGUGUUUGUGUUGUGGUUACUGGCCUUCUUUUAUCUUGUGUUUUGCUUUGAAUUUGCCUAAGCGAUGUUUGUUCGUCACUAGAAGUGGGCCAUGUCACUCAUGCCCAACUAGUCCGUCAGAAGUUUCCACAAUUUUUCAUGCCAGGAGGGGCGAGAAAAAGGAUAAGUAUGUAUUCCUGCGAAAAUUAUGUUUUAAAGACGCAAAACAUUUUCCCGUUGCUUUAUGUAUCACCAAUGUAUUCUAUGCGCACAAGUUCUAUAUGCACUUG